UUCAAAAUUGUAAUAACAAAAAAUUUAUUAACUGUACUGUAUACGUUUUGAUUUCUGAAUCCGUAUCGCGUAGUAUCGGUAUUUUCACUUAUAAACUAACGUGAAAAUACCAACCUACCAUUUGGACUCAGGUUUACGUGACUGGAACUUUUGCACUAAAUAAAGCGUCGUAGUAACGCACGUAUUAUUAAACGACAUAUGCCAAAAAAUUUAUGAUCUGAACUAGUUCCUUUUUAAUUUUAAUUUCAGAACGUUUAGUCGAUUCUGGUUUUAAAGUUGUAAAAGUUCUUGGCUGUUCUAGUGUUCUUUUGGUGCUAAUUCUUCUGGGUAUCUUAACUUUUCUUGUUCCAUUGCCUGGGGCCGCCGCAAGUCUAUAAACAUAAACGAUAUACGAAUCCAGCUGGAAGCGCAAUACUUGAUACAUUUUCGAGUUUCUCAAAUCUCACUGUUUUCAAAAAUGAGCCGGACAGAGGCACUGGACAAGGUUAAAGAAAUGGAUCUGUACUCUUUGCUAGGUAUCGACGAAAAUUCCACAAAGGAGGCAGUAUCCAAAGCGUAUCGGAAAAAGGCCCUGCAGUUUCAUCCGGAUAAGAAUCCAGACAAUCCUAAAGCCGCGGAGAUGUUUCAUCUUUUAACCCAAGCUCUUGAAAUCCUUACGGACAUCCCUGCCAAAGCUGCAUAUGAUCGAUUCUGGAAGGCCCGGAAGGCUGCCGAAGAGCGGAAUGAGAAACUGGACAGUAAAAGACGCAAACUUAUCGAAGAUCUCAAGGCGCGGGAAAGUGGCACGACAGCCUCGCAGAAAUCCGAAAGAGAGACAUCCCUUUCUCAGUUAGAGCGGGAGAUACAGCGACUCAGAAAGGAAGGCAGUAAAUGGGUCGAAGCAGAGCAAGAACGUCUCCAGCAGGAUUUGCGGAGACAACAAAGUGAAGCGACCCAGGCUUCCACACGUCUCGCUGAGCCUGGCUAUGGUAUCAAAAUUCGAUGGAUUGUGCCAUCAUCGGACAAGACAAACGCCGGGAUAACCGAGGAUUAUUUGUUGGCACUCUUUAGUCAGUAUGGAACUGUGAAUCACGUUAUCAUCUCGCCGAAACGUUCGGGAAGUGCGAUUGUGGAAUUUCGAACGCACUCUGCAGCAGAGAGAGCGCUCAAGGAGGAAGGCGGCCGAAUGUUUGAUUUGAGUUGGGUACGGAAAGACGACCCGUCAUCCCGGAAUGAUGCCGGCGCAAGUAGUCCCGAUAUUCCACAUUCGCACUCGAAAACCCCUGCUAAACAAAUGACACACGAUGAGCUGGAGGCAAUGGUUUUGAACAAUAUUAGAAUGGCCACCAUCCAGAAGAGGAAACAGGCCGGCGUUUAGGAGUGGCUUUAUAAAACUACAGUUAAUUUAACGCCGGGUGUUGAUCUGUUCAUUCUGUUGUUUAUUGUUAAGCUGCUGGUAUAGUUUUUUAUGACCUUACUUCGAUAAUCCAAAAUAUUGUCUUGUUAUCGAGCUAACCGAAAAAGUUUAAGUUAUUUUGCGCAUGUUUUCUGGUUGUGCGUUGUAACUUGUAAAGGAACGGAAACCAGUAAUUGUACUGGUAUUAAACGUGUGUC